AACAACAUGCCUUACACAUCUUUGAAUUAGAGUAAGUUAUUUUGUGUGGAAUGUAAGCACCACAUCAUCUACUGGGUGCACUGUUGAACCAGUAGGUGUUAUCAUUUAAGGCUAAAUUAACUGACAGACAGACCCCGUGUUAAGAAAUGUCUUCCGUACCCUUCUUCAAUGUGAUAUACAGAAUGACGAGGACAGCAUGGGGAAGCUGUCAAGGAUCUCUGUUCCGGAUGCCUUUAGCUGGGUUAACAUACGUACAGACCGCCGGCAAAAAAGACGUAAUUGAUCUGCCUGUCCUAAAUGAGGAUGAUCUGGCCGAGCAAUUUGUGCGAGGAUCAGGUCCGGGUGGUCAGGCGACCAACAAGACUAGUAACUGCGUGGUCCUCAGGCACAUUCCUACUGGUAUUGUUGUUAAGUGCCACCAAACUAGAUCUGUGGAAACCAACCGUAAAAGAGCUCGAGACAUUAUGAGAGAGAAGCUCGAGAUGUCUUUCAAAGGAGAGGACAGUGAAAUUCUGAAGAGGCAGAAAGAUUCCAUCCAGAGGAAACACGAGAAAAGAAAGAAGGCAAACGACAAUCUGGAGAAAAAGAGACGUUUUAAAGAAACUCUUAUGGCAGACUCUAAACCUGGGGAUGACAUGAGAUAAAAAUAAUUAGAAUAAUAAUUCCCUUCUUUUUACACGU